AUGUUUAAUCACAUGAUGGAAAACACACUCGAAAGUGUGGCUACAUCAACUUCAGAGAAUCAGAAGAUUAAAUUUAGCAGUUCUAACUGCCAGGCUUGUUCACCUUCUUUGACCCAGGAUAUAAUUUAAGCUCCGCUCACUUUAUACUGUGAAAAGUAUGAACUAAUUGUGCAUGUCAAAGCAAGUUCUUCAAGAAGAGAGAGGGCUACCUUUCCCCUAUUUGAAAGAAGAGAGAAGGAAGGGCAAAGCAGAGAAUCUCUGGAGACGUGUGUGCAAGUUUGCUUCUGGCUAGAAGUUAAUGAUCAAUUGCCUCUCUGCUCAGCUCUGUGCUCAGAGAAAGAAGCAAACUUGGGUUCUCUCUAUUCAGAUAACGCAGAGCCUGUCUACCUCUCUUUCUUUGCUUUGCCUUCAAAUAUUGCACUUCARCACAAAGUGACUAGGCUAAAAGAUUCCACAAAAAAACCCAAAGAAAUCCAUUCAAGAGGUCAUCUAUCAACAGGUUACUUGAAUUUGAAAUACAGGAACGAAAUGCCACCAAUGCCAAGUUCCCCACCUUUAUACCCACCUCCUGAUGGAGGAUGGGGCUGGGUUGUGGUUGGAGCAUCUUUUAUCUCCAUUGGAUUUUCAUAUGCAUUCCCCAAAGCCGUCACAGUAUUCUUCAAAGAAAUUCAGCAAAUAUUCCACACCACGUACAGUGAAAUAGCAUGGAUAUCAUCCAUUAUGCUGGCUGUUAUGUAUGCAGGAGGUCCCAUCAGCAGUGUUUUGGUGAAUAAAUAUGGCAGCCGGCCAGUGGUGAUAGUAGGAGGCUUACUCUGCUGUUUGGGAAUGGUUUUGGCCUCUUUCAGUUCCAGUGUAGUAGAGCUUUACCUCACUGUGGGCUUCAUUGGAGGUUUAGGUUUAGCCUUCAACCUGCAACCAGCCUUAACAAUAAUUGGCAAGUACUUCUAUAAGAAACGACCCAUAGCGAAUGGAUUGGCCAUGGCAGGGAGUCCUGUUUUCUUAAGUACAUUGGCCCCUUUCAAUCAGUUCCUUUUUAAUAGUUACGGCUGGAAAGGAAGCUUCUUGAUUUUAGGAGGUAUAUUUUUGAAUGCCUGCGUGGCUGGGGCCCUCAUGAGACCCCUUGGCCCCAAACAAACUACUCAGUCGAAAAAUAAGAUUAGCAUAAGAGCAGAAGAUACAGAAUCGAAGAAAAUCCAACAGAAGAAAUCGACAUGGAACAAAAUUAACAAGUAUUUAGAUUUCUCCCUUUUUAAGCAUAGAGGAUUUCUGAUCUAUCUCUCUGGAAACGUCAUCAUGUUUCUGGGGUUUUUUGCCCCUAUCAUCUUCCUGGCUCCGUAUGCUAAAGACAGGGGAAUAGAUGAGUAUUCCGCAGCUUUCUUGUUGUCUGUUAUGGCUUUUGUUGAUAUGUUUGCCAGGCCUUGUGGAGGAUUAAUUGCAAACUCCAAACUUAUCCGUCCCCGAAUCCAGUACUUCUUCAGUUUUGCGGUCAUGUUUACUGGAAUCUGUCAUCUCUUGUGCCCCCUGGCACAGAGCUACACGAGCCUGGUGGUAUAUGCUGUAUUUUUUGGCUAUGGAUUUGGGAGUGUUAGCAGCGUCCUCUUUGAAACUCUCAUGGACCUUGUUGGAGCUCCAAGGUUUUCCAGUGCAGUGGGACUCGUCACCGUGGUAGAGUGUGGUCCCGUUCUUCUUGGCCCUCCUAUUGCUGGUAAAUUGGUGGAUAUAACUGGAGAUUAUAAAUACAUGUACUUAGCCAGUGGGGCUAUUGUGGUAGCCUCAAGUAUAUGGCUGCUCAUUGGUAAUGCUAUAAACUAUAGAUUGCUUGCAAAGGAAAGGAAGAAGGAAGAGGCAAUGAAGAAGCAAAUGAACACAGAGGAGUUCAGAGAAUCGGAACCCUUGAGCAAUGCUAAACAGGAUGAAGUUACUGUCAAAAUGCCAAAAGGAGAGAGUGCGCCCUCAGAAAGAGAAACUAAUAUUUAACAAGAAUCACACCUCUGAUUUCAGUAUUCAUGAAUUUACUUAGAAGUUUGCUUCUGUUUUGCAAAAUAUUGAAAAGGUUUUUAGUUGAAACAAGCAGCCACAGAUAAGAAUGGAAAUGAGAUUUUACUSGAUGGCAAAUUGUAAACUAGUUCCUAAAAAUUUGUUUGGAUAGUUAAAUUUUGAGGUUAUGCAUACAAAGAAUCCAUGCAACGAGUUUAUUUCCAUGCUCAACUCAGAAUGUGGUGGUUGAAAUACAAAUUUUAAAGUCUUCCAGGCAGGGACUUCUAGUGUCCAUUAUAGAAUGAGAUCUAAAUCUCAAACCCUGAUAUAAUUACUUAAAAAGAGAA